AUGAGGGAAGAAUUGAGUAAGUAUGAAGGUCUGGUGGAUGUGAUUAUUGGGGAUCUUUGUGACCCAGAUGCAUUUAGUUUGUCAAUGAAUCUUUACACCAAAGAUUUCUAUGAGAGUGUGGUGAAGCAAAAGCUUAAGUCUGACGGCAUAUUUGUAACUCAAGCAGGUGCAGCUGGGAUUUUUACCCACAAAUAUGUGUUUGCUCCUAUUUACUAUACCUUGAAGCAAGUUUUUAAUCAUGUGGUUGGAUACACAGCUCACAUUCCAUCUUAUGGUGACUGUGUUGGGUUUAUCAUGGCUUCGAUGCAACCCAUCAACAUUGAUGCUGAGGAACUUGACAACAUGAUUGGAGAAAAAAUUGAGGAGGAGUUAAGGUAUCUUGAUGGGCAUGUCAUUGCAGCAUCCACUGUCCUCAACAAGUACUUGAAAAUCUCGCUUAUGGAUGAAAUGCGUCUCUUAACUGAAGACAGUGUUGGAUACAUUCGUGGACGCACUCGCCAUAGGAUUUAGGUCCCAACCUCUUAAGUACUAUAAUAAUAUCCUUAAGGGGUAACAAAUAUAUGUAUUGAAUGGAAGGGCUUUAUUAAACCUUCUUAAAUAAAUAUAUUAUUAUGAA